CGGCAACUCCGAACUUCCGCCGUCCCGUUUCCGGUGUGGACUGAGUUUGGUGCGUGACGCAGUCGGGGGUGGUCGCGCUCUUCGCCUGGUGAAAGGACUCGCCAGAGUCCCAUUUGGCUAACGAGUGAUUAUGCCUAAUAUCAAAAAGUCGACAGGAAAAAGAGGCCCAAGAAAACGGAAACUUGCUGAAGAAUUUCCUCCCGGAGAAGUUUUUACUGACCUUUUAAAGAAAAAAUGGAAGCUUGGUCCAGUUAUAGGCAAAGGUGGUUUUGGCUGUCUGUACCUUGCUGAUGUUAAUUCAUCUGAAUCAGUUACCAGUGAUGCACCCUAUGUUAUAAAAGUGGAGCCCAGUGACAAUGGACCACUCUUUACUGAGUUAAGUUUCUACAUGCGAGCUGCUAAACCAGAACCAAUUAAAAAAUGGAUUUCUUCUCACAAACUAAAAUAUUUAGGCGUACCAAAAUAUUGGGGUUCUGGUUUGCAUCAAAAGAAUGGCAAAAGUUAUAGAUUUAUGGUGAUGGACAGAUUAGGGAAAGAUCUUCAGAAGAUAUUUGAAGAACAAGGAAAGCAGUUUUCACGCAAAACAGUGUUACAGUUGGGAUUGAGAAUACUUAAUGUUUUGGAAUAUAUUCAUGAACAUGAAUAUGUACAUGGAGAUAUCAAGGCCUCAAAUCUUCUCCUGGGCCACGAGAUUCCAAAUCAGGUAUACUUGGUAGAUUAUGGCCUUGCUUUUCGAUACUCUCCAGAAGGCAAUCACAAGGAUUACAAAGAAAACCCCAAACGAUGUCAUGAUGGAACUCUUGAAUUUACUAGUAUAGAUGCACACAAGGGAGUGGCUCCAUCAAGACGUGGUGACUUGGAAAUUUUGGGUUAUUGUAUGAUCUGUUGGCUCAGCGGUAGUCUGCCUUGGGAAGAUAACCUGCAAAAUCCAGAUUAUGUCAAAUUGUCAAAAAUUAGGUAUACCGAUAACAUUUCAGAAUUCAUGUUGAAAUGUUUCACUAAAGAAGAUAAGCCAGAUGAAAUAGCCAGGUAUAUGGAAAAAGUGAUGGCUCUGUCCUACACUGAAAAACCACCAUAUCAGGAAUUACGGGAAAUAUUUCUUCAAGGUCUGCAAAACAUUGGUCACAAAGACGAUGGCAUACUGGAUUUUGAAGUUUCAUUGAAUGGCGAUAUUCCAGCAAAGCCUAAGACAAAAAGAAAAUUAGUUGCUGCAUCAGGGACAGCUACUGCUGAUGAGGACAAUGCCGAAAUAGCUGUUGACGGUGUGAAAAAUGCCAAAAAAAGAAAGCCUGCAUCACCGAGAAGUGCUGACUCCCCACAACCAAUUCAUCACAGCAGGUUGCAGCCAGAGGCUACCAGCAAUAGCAGUAGUAGCAGCAGCAGCAACAGCAGCAGUCACUUGCAACAGUGAGUGCAGUUACUUUAAGAAAAGGGAGUUAUGCAGAUAGACUAUAAAAUCUUGGUAGUAUUUUGGCAUAAUGUGUAGUUUAUGACCAGCAGAUGCACAUCAGCAGGACGACUGAAAGGAAGGCUUGCCAAUUCUUUAGCAGGAAAUGCCAGGAAUUAGUUUGGACCUCACACAUUCGCUGCCUGUGAGUUAUAGCCCGUCUCUAAAAGGCACUGUGGCAGAUGGUAUAAUUUCCAAGUUAGGACUGUGCAGAGCAUCAAAGGAUUGCUUCUCUUCGAAAGAAACCUCAAUCAAGGCGCACUUUUUAGGCAGUUCUGUGAAAUGUAGUGGCACCUGGUAUACAUCAAAACAAUCACUUCAAAGGCUUGCAACAAUUUUCAUGCCCAGAAGACACUUGGAUUGGCGGUUCCAGCCCACCUCAAUGUUUCUAUUAAAAAUGUUGAAGUAUAGCGUCCUGCUUUCCUGAGUUAAAGCUUGUCUUGAAUUAUAUUCCUUCUUUGAUCUGACUGAGUUGGCGCCACAAAAUGAAGCUGUGUUGCUUUGGACAGCAAAUAUUAUUGGCAUUCUUAUUUUUAUUUUUAAAAAACAUUUAUAGCCAACCUAUUAUUCAGAACAUCUUGUGGUAAGCUACAAUUUAUCAAGGAAACAAGGAAAAAUAGUACACAAAG